AUGGCAAUCCGACUCCUUCUCAGAGAUCGCGCCCUCGCCACUACUACCUUCCUCCUCCGCCGCCGCAACUUCUCCGCACCCGCAGUCGCCUCCGAGCUCCCCGCACUCGAACCCUCCGCCGACGCCGAACUGCUCUCCCAGAUGCUCCUCCACCACCACAACCCUUUCCACGCCAUGGAAUCCUGCCUCCAGCUGAGCGGAAUCUCGCUCACGCCUUCCCUCCUCCACCAGACCCUCCUCCGUCUCCGACACAGCUCGAAGAUCGCCCUAUCCCUCUUCCACUACUCUCUCUCCCUCCCUUCCUCUCCGGCCACCUCCGCGGCUUACAACCUCGUGAUCGAUAUCCUCGCGAAGGUCCACCAAUUCGACGUUUGUUGGCAGCUAAUCAUCCAGAUGGGGCAGAAAAACGAAGAGGGUUCGGAUUCCCUGCCCAAUUUCACCACUUUCUCCGUCCUCAUUCGGCGGCUGAUCGCCGCGGGAUUCACCCGCCAAGCGAUUCGUGCGUUCGAUGAUAUGCAAGGGUUCAUCGGGCCGGUGGAUUCGACUCAUUUCUGCUUCCUGCUCGACACUCUGUGCAAGUACGGGCAUGUGAAAGUGGCUGUGGAGGUUUUCAACAAGAGGAAAUUCAGCUUCGUUCCCAAUGUCAGGAUGUACACUGUUCUAAUCUGCGGAUGGUGCAAGCUGGGUAGACUGGAUAUGGCGGAGAGAUUUUUGAGAGAGAUGGAUGAGAAGGGAAUCGAGCCCAAUGUCGUUACUUACAACGUUUUGUUAGAUGGGAUCUGCAGGAGAGCUAGAUUGCAGCCGGAGCAUAAGUUUGAGAAGACGAUUGUUUUGGCGGAGCAGGUGUUCGACGAAAUGCGCCAGAGAGGGAUCGAACCAGAUGUGACCAGUUUCUCCAUCGUGCUCCACGUCUACAGCAGGGCGCAUAAACCCGAACUUACUCUGGACAAGCUAAAGUCAAUGAAGGAGAAAGGUAUUUCCCCGUCCCUGGCAACCUAUACUUCAGCAGUGAAGUGCCUCUGCUCGUCAGGGAGACUCGAUGACGCGGAGAAGCUGCUCGAUGAGAUGGUAGUCAGUGGGGUGAGUCCAUCUGCCGCAACGUACAAUUGCUUUCUUAAAGAGUACCGAGGGAGGAAGGAUGUCGAUGGUGCUCUGAAGCUAUACAGAAGGAUGAGGGAUGAUGAUCAGUGUGCACCAAGUUCACAAACCUACAACAUAUUGUUGGUGAUGUUCGUGAAGUUGAAUCGAAUGGAUGUUGUCAAUGAGAUAUGGGGUGAUCUGAAAGGGAGCGGCUUGGGGCCGGAUUUGGAUUCGUACACACUGUUAAUACACGAGCUGUGUGAGAAGGAGAAGUGGCGGGAAGCUUGUGGUUUCUUCGUGGAGAUGAUAGAGAAAGGGUUGCUACCCCAGAAGGUUACAUUUGAGACGCUCUACAGAGGUUUGAUACAGUCUGACAUGUUGAGGACUUGGAGAAGGUUGAAGAAGAAGCUUGAUCAGGAGUCAAUAACGUUUGGUUCUGAGUUUCAGAAUUAUCACUUGAAGCCAUACAGGAGAUAG